AUGAGUUUCAAUCGCCUGUGUCGUCUGCUGAAGCCGACGCUUCUUUGCGGGGCCCUGGCCGUGCCCGGCCUGGCCAGCACCAUGUGCGCGUCCCGCGACGACUGGAGCAGUGCUCGCUCCAUGCACGAAUUCUCAGCUAAGGACAUCGACGGGCGCAUGGUUAACCUGGACAAGUACCGGGGCUACGUGUGUAUCAUCACCAAUGUGGCCUCGCAAUGAGGCAAGACAGAGGUAAACUACACUCAGCUGGUCGACCUGCACGCCCGAUUCGCUGAGCGUGGUUUACGGAUCCUGGCCUUCCCUUGCAACCAGUUCGGGAAGCAGGAGCCAGGGAGUAACGCCGAGAUCAAAGAGUUCGCUGCUGGCUAUAACGUCAAAUUCGACAUGUUCAGCAAGAUCUGUGUGAAUGGGGAUGAUGCCCACCCACUGUGGAAGUGGAUGAAAGUCCAGCCCAAGGGGAAGGGCAUGCUGGGAAAUGCCAUCAAAUGGAACUUCACCAAGUUCCUCAUUGACAAGAACGGCUGUGUGGUGAAGCGGUACGGUCCCAUGGAAGAGCCCCUGGUGAUAGAGAAGGACCUACCGUGCUACCUCUAG